UCCCAGUCGUUUCUUUACUGUGUAUAGCUAGUGCAGUUCUUACCGCCCGGCUCUUACCGCCCAGCCCUGCACUGCACUACAGCCCGCCACUCCCCGAGAGCGAGGAACCUUGUAGGGUGGGAAAAGGACCGUUUGACGCACUCACUGCAUUACUGCCUACUUAAUCGAACGCUACCUACUUAAUUGACGGGCACCGUACCCGUGCUUCCCUGCCCAUAUUUGUCUCUCACUGGUUUGUCUGCCGACCGAUACGACGCGCAUGGGACCCAAGGGGGGAGGGAGUCUGCCCAGCCGACGGAACAUGUUCCGCAGCCUUUAGUCUGGAGUCUGAAAAUAGAAGUAUCAAGAAAGAGGGGCUUGAGUUUGGCGUUUGGGCUUGGAUGUCUGUAGCUCGUAGGACUCUGCGCAGUAGAGCACGCUCGUGUGGGUAUAUUGCUAAGGCCUUUCACAGGGCCUUUGUGGCCUCGGUAGCACGGCUGGUGCUCACGGUCCAGCGGUCUCGUGCCGAAGACAAGACGUACUUGGCCGCUUUGAUGGGAAGAUGGGCAGAGCUCGAGCUCACAUCGAGUCUACUUACCGUUUAUUCUCCAGUCGUGCCGCCAUGUAUUAGGUGGCUUCGAACAGGCGCUUGCGAUCGGAGCGGGGUGUUGAUCUGGGGCACUCGCGUGGGGGCGAAUGAACCGGUUGAGCCGAAUUCAGAGCCCAGGAAUACAUAUGCUGUCGUGACUCUUCGACCAAUCAAAGACAUUCCUGUUGACGUUCGAGAAGACAGGUUUGGCAUGCCCCGUUCGUUGCAGCGAAACCAGGGCAGAGAGCAGGCUAGGCUUGCGACAGACUUUUGGUUUGAGAACAGGGUAGACAGAGACAGCGAUGAGAUCGUUUUGUGCAGAGAUACCUGAGCGUUGAAUUGGUGAGCAUGGCAGCGUCUUUGUGGUUAAACAAUCGACCUUUUUGAUAGACGGAAGCCCUUGAAAUGCGUAGGACACACAUCUCUGUAGCACCUAGAGCACAG